AUGAACUAUAAAUUAGCCUUUAGAAGUCGUUCGAAUGACUGAUGAUCAAUCAGCGAGUUUAUUCAAGUAUUGGCUGUAGAAAAAGUGAUUGUCUUUAUGGCUGGAUGUUUUUAAAUUUGAUGCCUUUCUUACUAGUUAAAAAUAUUUAUUGUACGAUUCAACUUGGUGUUGUAAUCGCUGUUUCAUUAUGAUGUCAUUUCAAUGUACUUAGAGUCUCAACUUUCAAUAUUAACCACGAGGAAAGAUUCACUUGAACAAAAAUUACUGCGGAAAAAAGCUGAGCAAGCAACCGAUUCAGCUCUUGCGGGAAAUGAAGAGGGAAAAAAAUCCCCGCUGUAAUGAAAAUCCUGCUGCUAAGGCAAAUUUUUUCUCAUCACACGUUUCACAAAGUUGGCUUGGCAAAACGUUGAGGAAGGGAAGCAAAACACCUUUAACAGAAUCUGACAUAUGUGAAGUUCUUGAAAGAGAUUCGACGACGUACCUUUCAGAAAAAUUAGAAAAAGCUUGGCAGCAUGAGGUUAAAGUGUCGAAAAAACCAAGUCUCUUAAUUCCAUUGAUGAAAGUCGCUGGAUACAAGUAUUUCUCUUCUCUGGUGUUUGCUAUUUUAGAGAUGUCAAUGCGUGUAAUCGUAUCCAUUUAUAUUGGAAAGAUUGUGGCAUCAUUCAAUACUGUUGAUGGUGUUGAUAAAGAGAGUGGUUAUUUAUUUGCUGCUGUUAUCACCAUUUGUACCUUUGUUGAGGCUAUUGUUCACCAUCCAUUGUUUCUAGAAUCAUUGAGAACGGGAAUGGAUAUAAGAAUAGCGUUAUCAGCUGUUAUCUACAACAAGGCAUUGCGCAUGAGCCAGGCCUCCUUGGGUUUCACUGACACUGGACAAAUAGUCAACCUUGUCACAAAUGAUGUUCAAAAAACAGAAGAGGCUUUGCUCUUUGGCCUUCUUGUUAUUCCCGCUCCAGUGGUACUCCUUAUUGCAUCUUAUUUAUGCUGGACGGAGAUUGGGUUUUCAUUUCUUCCUGGGAUGGCACUUCUUUUUAUUUUACCGGCGUUUCAAUCUUGGCUUGGAAAGUACUUUGCUUCUCUGCGAGCAAAAACAGCCAUACUUCGUGAUGAGCGAAUAAAAAUAAUGAAUGAAGUUAUUUGUGGCAUGCGUGUCAUUAAAAUGUAUGCUUGGGAAUAUCCAUUUUCUAAACUUGUCUGCAAUGUCAGAAGAAAGGAAAUCAAAAAAGUGGCCAACACAUUACGUUUGAACGCUCUAAACGCAAUGCUUUAUCUUUCGACGAUUCCAUUGGUGUCUACUGCAAUGUUUAUACCAUACGUGUUAAAUGGACAUACUCUCACAAAUGAGAAAAAUUGCGGUAUGCAGAAAUUCUUACUUUUGGAUGAAGGAAAAACUCUCUCUGCCAAUAGAGCCAGAGAUGAAACACAUGGUGUUACAUUUGAUAAUGUCUGUUCUUCUUGGAACAAGGAAAGCAAUGAGAAUGUUUUAUCAAAUGUUACUUUCAAAGUAUCACCUGGAGAACUUUUGAUGAUUGUUGGUCCAGUUGGAUGUGGAAAGUCAUCGCUGCUAAUGACGUUACUACGUGAACUUCCAGUAACCAAUGGUGUCAUUUGUAUCAAUGGCCGUGUUGCAUAUGUAUCACAACAACCUUGGGUUUUCUCAGGAACUCUUCGAGAAAAUAUUCUGUUUGGAAGAAAUUUUGAUAAAAACAGAUAUUUUGAAGUCAUUCAUGGUUGUGCUCUUGAAAAGGAUAUUGAAGCUCUUUCUGAUGGUGAUGACACUUUAGUUGGAGAGCGUGGUGUAUCAUUAAGUGGUGGACAGAGAGCAAGAGUGAAUUUAGCGAGAGCCAUUUAUAUGGAUGCAGAUGUUUACCUAAUGGACGAUCCUCUUAGUGCUGUUGACGCACAUGUUUCUAGACAUAUCUUUAGCAAUUGUAUUCGUGGUAUUUUGAAGACAAAACUAUGUGUUCUUGUCACUCAUCAAUUGCAAUUUCUUGCUGACGCAGAUCGAAUUCUCUGUUUGAAUGAGGGAAAUGUUGUCGGUUAUGGAAAUAUAAAACAACUUAAAAAAGAAGGUGUUGAUAUUUUAUCAAUGAUUCGUGUUGAUGAAAACCAAGAUGAAGAACAUUCAUUUGCUAAUGCUUCAAAUCAUUACGAACAGCAAAUCACGUUUAGACCAAAACCAAAACGUCAAAUUUUACAAUCACCGCAAAGAGUGAGAAAGAAACAUACUUCACUUAGUGAACAUGAACUCAGUGAAAAAUUAUUAUCUGACUCUGAUGUUGUGCUUCGUGCUCAUUCUGCGCAUGAUCUAAGUCUUGCCGUUGUUAGUUCUGGUCAUAAUCACCGUUUGAACGCUUCGACAAGUUUUUAUGAACUUGAGUGUGGUGAGAAAGAUCAAUUAUUCAGUCAGGAAGAUGAUGGUGAUAUUUCAGAUGGUCGCAUAACUGGUCGUGUCACCUUUCAAAUUUAUAAAGAAUACUUUCUUGCUGGGGCAAAACCUUUGUUUUUAUGUUUCUCGUUCGUCGUGUUUCUAUUGGGUCAGUGUUCUUUGAUGAUAUCUGAAUGGUGGCUUGCUCAAUGGUCCAAUUGGGAAGAAAGUCAAGUUGAAAAAAAUAUUUCCAGAGCAAUAAUCGAGGAAAAGCGAGAAGAGAAUCUUAUGAUUUACAUUGGUUCUGUUCUUGUUGUUGUUUUGUUUGCAUUUACACGAGCUGUUUUAUGGCUUCAGAUUUUAAUCAGUGCAUCAAGACAUUUACAUGACAGAAUGUUUAACACCGUGCUCAGAGCUCCUAUCUAUUUCUUCGACACAAAUCCUGUCGGUCCAGUUCUCAACCGCUUUUCCAAAGAUAUUGGCUUAACAGAUGAUAUGUUGCCCUUGACAUUUUUUGAUUCUUCUUCGCUUGGAUUAUUUGCUUUGGCAGUUCUUGUGAUGAGCGUCAUUUCUCUACCUUAUAUCGCAGUAUUUGUUUUACCAAUUAUUGGUAUCUUUGUUUGGUUAAGACAAUAUUAUCUUAAAUCAUCGAGGGAAAUAAAAAGAAUGGAAGCUUUGAGACGAAGCCCUUUAUACUCGCAUAUUUCUGCGACACUUCAAGGAUUGGCUAUAAUUCGCGCGUCCGAAGAGCAAAAUCAAUUUACUGAUAUGUACAAUUCCUAUCAAGAUUCCGACACAGCGGCUAAUUUUUUCUGCAUUGCUGCAAAUCGAUGGUUGGGUUAUAGACUUGACAUGAUCUGUGCCACUUUAAUGACCAUUGUAUGUUUUACACCUUUAUUGGUCAAUGAAUUCGGUUUUGAAGUAAAUCCGGUUCUAGUUGGUUUAUCUCUUGUUUAUACAAAACGCCUGACAGGAAUGUUUCAGUACUGCGUAAGGCAAACUGCUGAGGUCGAAAAUCAGAUGGUGUCUGUAGAACGAAUUCUUCAGUAUACACAAAUCGAAUCUGAAGCAGAAUUGGAACAACGAGAUGUUCUACCAAGAGAAAGCUGGCCUGAGUCUGGAGAAAUUGUUGGUGAAGAUGUUACAUUUCGUUAUCAUUCAUCUUUGCCACUUGUUUUAAAAGGGAUAAACUUUCAUAUCAAAGCAAAAGAAAAGAUUGGUAUAGUUGGUCGAACUGGUGCUGGAAAGUCAUCGUUAAUAUGUGCAUUGUUUCGUUUAGCGGAGCCUGGUGGUUGUAUUUCUAUUGAUGGUAUAGCUAUUGAUAAAAUGGGAUUACAUAAUCUCAGAGAAAAACUGUCAAUUAUACCUCAGGAUCCUGUGAUUUUUGUUGGGUCGAUUCGCUAUAAUUUAGAUCCAUUCUCAAAUCAUGAAGAUGUCGUCUUAUGGAAUGCCCUUGAAGAGGUACAACUGAAAGAAUUCGUCAAUAAUUUUCCAAGCAAAUUAGAAUUUCGUAUCAGUGAAUCAGGGAAUAAUUUAAGUGUUGGACAGCGUCAACUGAUCUGCCUGGCUAGAGCUAUCAUCAAACAUAACAAAAUACUUAUCAUUGAUGAAGCAACUGCGAAUGUUGAUCACAAAACAGAUAAUCUUAUACAGCAAACUAUUCGUGAAAAAUUUCGAGAUUGCACAGUUCUUACUAUAGCUCAUCGGUUGAAUACUAUAAUGGAUACUGAUAGGAUAAUGGUUUUAGAUGCUGGAGAAAUAAUUGAAUUUGAUGAACCACUUGAACUUUUAAAUCAACCUCAAUCUUUGCUCAGUUUGAUGGUAAAACAGACUGGAAAAGAAUCAUCAUUACAGUUACAUAGACUGGCUAAAGCUGCCUACGAAAAGAGACAAGCUCGCGAUUAGAUUUGGUGAAUAAAACGUGCUGAUUUCAUGGAAUGUUCCCUGAUUCUGAACUGUAAUCCAUAAAAUCUUUUCAGAACACACGGCAAUAUGAAAUUUCUAAACAAUUUAUUUGUAGUAAUUAGUCAUUAUUUAAAAUCAAUUUGUACAAUCAAUAUUAUAAGAUUAAUUUCUUGAUAUUUAAUGCAUUACCAAAAACUCUGUUUCUUUUA